AUGACGUUCGCGAUUUGUACACUGAUCAUAGCCGUUGGUCCUAGCGAGCUCCUCCGCAUCGGAGCCAUAGACGUCGACGGCCACUUCACCUUCAAGCCUUCCGACUUAUCCUCCGUCUCCUCUGACUUCGGUAUGCUAAAGUCGCCGGAGGAGCCACUAGCCGUACUUCAUCCAUCCUCAGCCGAAGAUGUGGCACGACUCAUCAGAACAGCUUACGGCUCUGCCACGGCGUUUCCGGUCUCAGCCCGUGGCCACGGCCAUUCAAUAAACGGACAGGCCUCGACAGGGAGGAACGGAGUGGUGGUGGAGAUGAGCCACCGAAACAUAGGGACCCCGGACCCACUUGUUGAACCGGAGGAAAUGUAUGUGGACGUUUGGGGUGGAGAGUUAUGGGUUGAUGUGUUGAAGAAAACGUUGGAGCAUGGCUUAGCACCAAAGUCAUGGACUGAUUACUUGUAUCUUUCCGUUGGUGGUACACUCUCUAAUGCUGGAAUUAGUGGUCAAGCUUUUCACCAUGGUCCUCAGAUUAGUAACGUCCUUGAGCUAGACGUUGUAACUGGGAAAGGAGAGGUGAUGAGAUGUUCAGAAGAAGAGAACACAAGGCUUUUCCAUGGAGUUCUUGGUGGGUUAGGUCAAUUUGGGAUCAUUACACGAGCACGAAUCUCUCUCGAACCUGCUCCCCAAAGGGUAAGAUGGAUAAGAGUAUUGUAUUCGAGCUUCGAAGUGUUUACUCAGGACCAAGAGUACUUGAUAUCUAUGCAUGGUCAAUCAAAGUUUGAUUACGUGGAAGGGUUUGUGAUCGUGGACGAAGGUCUCGUCAACAACUGGAGAUCAUCUUUCUUCUCUCCUCGUAACCCCGUUAAAAUUUCUUCCGUUAGUUCUAACGGCUCCGUUCUGUAUUGCCUUGAGAUCACCAAGAACUACCACGAGUCCGAAUCCGACACCAUCGACCAGGAAGUGGAGAUUUUGAUGAAGAAAUUGAAUUUUAUACCCACAUCGGUUUUCACGACGGAUUUGCAAUAUGUGGACUUUUUGGACCGGGUUCACAAGGCUGAGCUGAAGCUCCGGUCGAAGAAUCUAUGGGAGGUUCCACACCCAUGGCUCAACCUCUUUGUACCAAAAUCAAGAAUCUCUGAUUUCGACAAAGGCGUUUUCAAGGGCAUUUUGGGGAAUAAAACUAGUGGCCCUAUCCUUAUCUACCCAAUGAACAAAGACAAUUCCUAUAACUAA